CUGACAGGUACAGCAUUACCAGGCACACCAACCAUCCCCAUUGGUCAGCUACAGCAGCAUUCCCUGGCCAUCCAGGGUCAACAGGGUCAGGUGGUGACCAGUCAGUCGCAGCAAGGACAACAGACGGUCUUUCGCUUCCCAGCAUCUGCAGGCGGACAGAUUGUCUCCAUCGCAGGAGGUGCAAUGGCCCAACAGGUUCCAGUGCAGACGAUUCAGUUACACCAAACCUCGGGGCAGGUGAGCGUGCACCAGUCUACCCUACACACGGCAACUAUCAGCGACAGCAACUCCGAGAUUUCUCAGGCCUCAACCAGCGGAGCAAUGACGCUGCCGGCAACAAUCGUGACAUCGUCUGUACCCACCUCCAUGGCCAGUCAUGUGAUGUACCCUAGCCCCCAUGGUACAGUCAUGUAUACCACCUCCAGUCCUGGCCUGUCUGAUGGUGGACUCACGGUUCUCAACGCCUUUUCACAGCCUUCAUCGGGGAUGCAAGUGUCUCACAGCCAGAUGCAAGAGCAGGGUGGGGUACCUCAGGUUGUGCUCACUGCUCCCACAGGAACAGUCCAAAUCCCACUGUCAGCCGUCCAGCUACACCAGAUGGCGGUGAUUGGGCAGCAGUCUGGCACUGGUAGUCUGACCGAGCUUCAGGUGAGCAGCCUGGAAACCACACACAGCAGCAAGCUGGCACAGAACGAUUGACCAUUCAUAAGCCAGGAACUGAGAGAAGCAACGUCUAUUUAAAAAUAGAAACUGACUGCCAUAUUUAUUUAUUUUUUGUCUCCCCUAUCCCUCAGCCCUGUUUUAUUCAGAAAGAACGAAUGGAGCUUUUUUCUAAAUUAAUGUGAAAUUACCGACUGCCUAAGGUUUAUCUUUUACACAAUUCUAAGCGAUUUGCACGCUGUGGACCCAUUUCAUACUCCAGCCAAAAACGAACACUCUUAUGGGAGCUCUGUAAAUACAUGAAUUCACUCUUCUGCCUUUCUGCUGGAGAUCAAAGUCACCGCCAACACUUUCUUACAGAUGUGUCUGGUUUUGUAAUUGCUCUGUUUUUAGCCCUGGCGCUUGGAAUGGGGUUGGGGGGAGGGACAGGGUAAGGUGCAUGUGGACAGACACAGGAGCUUGGAUAAGCGGAACGCUGGCUUGAACCUUAGGUGACCUCUGUUGCUUGGAUUUUGUUUUGAAAGUUGCAGGAUAUCAUGGCAUUAAUUUCCACCUCUAUUUCUCCAACAGUUCUUCUGUAAUUAUGUUUGUGCUGAAAACAAAUUGUUGCAGGUGUGUGUCAUACAUGUGUGUAUAAUGUGUAUAUAAAAUACACACGCGCACACAUAUAUAUAUGUUAUAUAUGUAUAAAUAUAUAUUAUAUAUAUACACAUAUGUGUGUGAAUUUUAUUUAUAUAUACAUAUAUAUAUAUAAAUAAAAUUCACAUAUAUGUAUGGUAUAUAUACACACACCUUAAUGUUAAGUAUUUAGAAUGUGCUUUUUAAUGAGGACGAUAUGAAUCUCGAUUCACAGUUUGCGCUGAUUUAUUUGAUCUGUGUGGCCUUUGGGGGGAGGGAACACCAUAAGUGACCUCACAGCCCUGCACUAGGGAGCAACAUUUAGGUUAAAGUUUCUGCUCCUGAUUGUUAUCCAGUGACCCCAGCCCAGACGGGAAACUGCACCUAUACAUGAUUGGCACUGGCUGGGUCAUCCACUGUUUGUCUGAGAGCAGGAUCGGGAUUGGCUGGGUCGUCCACCUUUUGCCUUAGAGCAGGAUCGGGAUUGGCUGGGUUGUCCCCAUUUUGCCUGAGAUCAGGAUCGGGAUUGGCUGGGUCAUUCCCUUUCGGCUCAGAUCUGGAUCAGGAUUGGCUGGGUUGCCCCCAUUUUGCCUGAGAUCAGGAUCAGGAUCAGGAUUGGCUGGGUCGCCCCCUUUUGCCUGAGAUCAGGAUCGGGGUUGGCUGGGUCGUCCCCAUUUUGUCUGAGAUCGGGAUUGGCUGGGUUGUCCACCUUUGGCUCAGAUCAGGAUCGAGAUUGGCUGGGUCGUCCCCCUUUGGCUCAGAUCUGGAUCAGGAUUGGCUGGGUCAUCCCCUUUCGGCUCAGAUCUGGAUCAGGAUUGGCUGGGUCGUCCCCUUUCGGCUCAGAUCUGGAUCAGGAUUGGCUAUGCCGUCCAUGACCUCAUUUCAAAAUCCAGUUGCCUGGUUACACAUACGGCUCAGAAUGGCAUUUUGGAUAAUCUUAUCUCAGUGAAUCUGUACUUGGGCAGGAGGGAAGGUGAUGGGGUUAAAGAGGAUAGGAAAAUGGGUUUAUAUUGUGGGAGCAUUCCAUAUGAUCUAGUAUUGCAGAAUAUCACAGUGCAGAAGAGGUCCUUCAGCCCAUCGAGUCUGCACCGACACCAACAAUUCCAGUCAACUAGAAUUCCUUCAUUCAUCAGUGUUGCCUUGGCUUUGAGCCCCAUGUAAACCAGACUGAAAAUCAGCCCCUCAAACAAUCCGAGAAUCAGCCCCUCAAACACUUUGGAGAAAAUUCUAUUUUAAUCAGCAAGACGCACCAUGGCCUUUCACCAGCAGAUGGAGCUAUACCCCAUCCACAGGGACCGUGUUGAACAGGGCCAGAUCUAUCCCACCCACAGGGGAAGUGAGCAGAGUUCCUGAUCCUGAUGCUGAUCUUUAUAGAGUGCCCUGACCUCUAGAGAGAGUGACGGGGGAAAGAGUGAGCAGAGCUCCUGAUCUCUAUCCAGUCUCCUGACCUCAGGAGUGAGUGAGGGGGGAGUGAGCAGAGUUGCAGGUCCUGAUCUCUAUCCAGUGCCCUUACCGGGGGAGUCAGUGACGGGGUGAGUGAGCAGAGUUACUGAUCCUGAUCUCUAUCCAGUGUCCUGACUGGGGGAGUGAGUGAGCAGAGUUGCAGGUCCUGAUCUCUAUCCAGUGUCCUGAAGGGGGAGUGAGUGAGCAGAGUUACUGAUCCUGAUCUCUACCCAGUGUCCUGACUGGGGGAGUGAGUGAGCAGAGUUACUGAUCCUGAUCUCUACCCAGUGUCCUGACUGGGGGAGUGAGUGAGCAGAGUCGCAGGUCCUGAUCUCUAUCCAGUGUCCUGACUGGGGGAGUGAGUGAGCAGAGUUGCAGGUCCUGAUCUCUAUCCAGUGUCCUGACUGGGGGAGUGAGUGAGCAGAGUUACUGAUCCUGAUCUCUACCCAGUGUCCUGACUGGGGGAGUGAGUGAGCAGAGUUACUGAUCCUGAUCUCUACCCAGUGUCCUGACUGGGGGAGUGAGUGAGCAGAGUUGCAGGUCCUGAUCUCUACCCAGUGUCCUGACUGGGGGAGUGAGUGAGCAGAGUUGCAGGUCCUGAUCUCUACCCAGUGUCCUGACUGGGGGAGUGAGUGAGCAGAGUUGCAGGUCCUGAUCUCUAUCCAGUGUCCUGACUGGGGGAGUGAGUGAGCAGAGUUGCAGGUCCUGAUCUCUACCCAGUGUCCUGACUGGGGGAGUGAGUGAGCAGAGUUGCAGGUCCUGAUCUCUACCCAGUGUCCUGACUGGGGGAGUGAGUGAGCAGAGUUGCAGGUCCUGAUCUCUAUCCAGUGUCCUGACUGGGGGAGUGAGUGAGCAGAGUUGCAGGUCCUGAUCUCUAUCCAGUGUCCUGACUGGGGGAGUGAGUGAGCAGAGUUGCAGGUCCUGAUCUCUAUCCAGUGUCCUGACUGGGGGAGUGAGUGAGCAGAGUUGCAGGUCCUGAUCUCUAUCCAGUGUCCUGACUGGGGGAGUGAGUGAGCAGAGUUGCAGGUCCUGAUCUCUACCCAGUGUCCUGACUGGGGGAGUGAGUGAGCAGAGUUGCAGGUCCUGAUCUCUAUCCAGUGUCCUGACUGGGGGAGUGAGUGAGCAGAGUUGCAGGUCCUGAUCUCUAUCCAGUGUCCUGACUGGGGGAGUGAGUGAGCAGAGUUGCAGGUCCUGAUCUCUAUCCAGUGUCCUGACUGGGGGAGUGAGUGAGCAGAGUUGCAGGUCCUGAUCUCUAUCCAGUGUCCUGACUGGGGGAGUGAGUGAGCAGAGUUGCAGGUCCUGAUCUCUAUCCAGUGUCCUGACUGGGGGAGUGAGUGAGCAGAGUUGCAGGUCCUGAUCUCUAUCCAGUGUCCUGACUGGGGGAGUGAGUGAGCAGAGUUGCAGGUCCUGAUCUCUACCCAGUGUCCUGACUGGGGGAGUGAGUGAGCAGAGUUGCAGGUCCUGAUCUCUAUCCAGUGUCCUGACUGGGGGAGUGAGUGAGCAGAGUUGCAGGUCCUGAUCUCUAUCCAGUGUCCUGACUGGGGGAGUGAGUGAGCAGAGUUGCAGGUCCUGAUCUCUAUCCAGUGCUUACUAUUGCAAAGAGAACAGGUUUGGGCAGGGCCACACGUGAUUGCUGCAAAUCCUGAACUGCUCCCAUCUCCACCACAGUGCACACAUUUCAAAUUUCACUUGGGCACUUGUGAAAUCUGUUGUGCUGUGAAUGGCCACAUAUGGGUACAGGCAGUCACACUGAUAUCGGAAGGUACUGGUACUGAGUGGGGGAGUCUGCUACCCGAUAAAUGCACUGGGUUAGACAGACUUUCUCUGAUCUUCGGCAGGGAGUCUGAUACGUGGCUUGUUGCCGGCUGUCUGAAGCACUGCAAGUGGUAACGUGUUUCCAGCCGCCCUUGGUCUGGUUGCCUAACAGUCAGUCUAGCCUUUGUCAGCACAAAGGUAGUUAAUUCAAAUCGGAGAGGGAGAGAUUUUGAAAAUUACUCAUUUGUCUUCACCUGAAUCAAGUAUCUCCCUAUGGAGGGGAGAAGGUAGAUUACUCUCCGUCCUGGGCUGCUGAUUUGGAGCCCAGUCCCCUCCCCUCCCAAUCAUCCCCAACAGUUGAAUCCCACCAUCUCCCUCCCUCCCUGGGCCUGCGGAGACCCCUCUUCACGUGGACUCUGUCCAAUCAGCCUUUUGGGGUUGCUCUCUGCUUCCCCACCCUCCGCACCCUCUCAUGUUCCCAGCUCACGGCCCUCUCAUGGAUGACCCCUGACCCCUGAGCUUUCUGAUUGCCACGGUCCCCUUGACUUCAGGCCCACCUACAAGCAGCAGCUUUUUGUAUUUGGUGCUAUGAAGGGAGGCGUUUUCAUAGGAAGCGGCCACUACUUUUUAUAAAAUGCCUUUGAAAGAGAGAGUUUAUUUUUAUAGGUGUUAAUUCAGUAUUUAUGUAUUACAGAGAAGAUGAGAAAAAAAACACUUGUAAAAUUGUAUUGAAGUUUUAUGUGUAUGAGUUUGUAUCACGCAAGGCGGGGGGGAGGGGUGUGUAUGUUUUUUAAGAUAUUUUUUUCACAAAGUACUAAAUGAUUGACAUGUUUCAGUAAAAGGAACAUGAUGUGUCAGAGUGCAGCCAGUUGUUACACCCACAGUCCAACACGCCAGGUUUUGGUCUGAUUUACAUGGUGAAAGACUUUUUACGAAAAGAGAAAUCCCUAUUGUUAUUUCUUUUUGUUGUGUUGGAUUCUGUUUUGUUUUGUUUCCAGAGCUCUGGAAAGUUUGCGUAUGUAAACACAGUACUGUGUCCGGAGACAUCUUGCUGUAUUCAAAAAGAAUAAAAUGCUUUUUCGAUAAA